CGCUGUGUAACAGGAGUGGCAACACGAGUCGAUCAACGUAAUAGUAGAACUGAAAUCGUAAGAAGUCAUUCCGGUGAUCGCAACUAGCAGUAACACGUUAUCUUGUUAAGGAGAUUAAUAAUGGGUUGCUGUGAUACGGGAUGCUGUGCAUGCACGCCAUGGGGUUCAAUAGUAGCGUUCUUUGUACUCAUUUCAGGACUAUGUGUAUUCUGUUACUUUUCGAUACAUGCAAUCAUAGCGACGCUAGAACUGUUUACAGGAACUGAGGUUGAAAACAAUGAAGACUACACCGACGGGAUAGCGGGAGUGAAGUACGCAAUCUACGCCAUAGUUGGUGUCAUCGCAGUGAUUGGCACAAUCGUCUUGAUUUUGGGUGCUAUAGCAACGUGUACAACGGCCAAAAAGUCGUGUAAAUUUGGAGCACGGUGUGCAGGACGUCUCUGUAUUGUAAUUUUUGAAGUGGUGGUCUAUAUACUCUGCGUGUGUUGGAUCCUUAUAUUUUCUGUGCUCGUAGCCCCUGUAGUAUUCGGUUUAAUGGUCACAGUAUUCUGCAAUGUCGACCCUGUAGAACAGCUUACAACAAACUGCCUAGAUCUGUCUAGUUUCGGCAUCGUUUCCAGGAUAGCAGAGCGGGUUAACGGUACGACGGAAAUAUGUUUCGAUGAGCUGGCGAAAUUUUGUGAUCAAACUGACGUGGUAUUCUUCAACUACUUAUUAACGUUUAUAGGUUGUCUCAUCAUCAUUAUCGGAUUUAUUCAUUUCCUAAUGUGUUUGUCAGCCAACUAUGCUCACCUCAGCCAUGGAAGAUCAUCGUCCACAAAAUACAAACAGAAACAGGAAAUUGUUGACGAGGAGAAUAGGUAUCAGAUGAAGACAUUCAGUCAUGAUAUCACAGAGGGGGACAGGGGUGAUAUACCGCCGCCACCGACGGUCACGCCGACACCACCGCCGUCAGAAUACAAUAACGCUGCUAGUACACGUGAUUCGUAUGAUCUCAAACAAAGAUACUUUUAAUAACUUAUCAAGUUCAUAACAAUUGCCCAUCUGAAUUAUUACCAGGGUAGCAUUAAUUUUAAUGGGAUAAAUGAUUUCUCUCUAACUACCACAUGUCUACUUCCGAAGCAUUAUAACUUUCACUGGAGGGAGGGCACUAUGACACUUGUAUACAUUGUUCAUAUUGAAUGCAUUUCUUACCAUCAGUUACCUGCCAAGUCUCGCAACUUGUAUAUCAAUUUUGACAAUCACGAUUGUGAUUAAGCGUAUAUAUCUUGGAUUGUCUGCCAGUAAAAAAAAGAGAUUUUUUUUUCAAAUGAUAAAUGACUACAAAACUAAGAACAUUUGUCACUUCAAGCGACUUCUUUUAAAGGCAUAUUCUAUGAAUGUGGGUCGAUUUAACAAACUGGCUGUGCUUCUAAU